CGACUUCUAUUGGAACAAGAAGAUACCGAUGGUGAUUGUCAAAUAACCAUACAUGAUUCUGGUCCAAAAACUAUAUCCCUUGGUACUGCAGACUCUGAUGGGCAUCGAAAAUUUGAAAUUCGUGGCACUUAUCAAUUAAGUAACCUUUUGCAAGAAUUGGCUCUUGCUGCUAGUCAUGGUAGAAAACAUGUAGUCUUGGAUGAAGCUAGAUUAAAUGAGAAUCCUGUUGAUCGUUUAUCUCGUAUGAUAAGAAAUCUUUUUUGGGAUGGUUUAACUAGAAGAAUUGAUGCUGAAGGAUUAGAAGCUAUCUGUGCUGAUCCAAAAAAUAGAACUGCUGAUCAUUCCCCUAGAAUAUAUAUUCCAUAUGGUGAAGAUGAAGUUUUUGCUUAUUAUAAGUGGGUCUCGGAAACUCGUCCUCAUUUAAAAUUGGAAGUGGAAAUGCUUCCCAAAGAUAUAACUCCGGAAUAUGUAAAAAGUAUAAAUGAUCGACCUGGUAUUUUAUCUUUGGCAAUGCGUAAACAAAUUGAUGAUCAAGGAAAUGUUACCUUUAAAGGUGUUCCAUUUAUUGUACCAGGUGGUAGAUUUAAUGAGAUGUAUGGUUGGGAUUCUUAUUUUGAAAUCUUGGGUCUAGCUGUUGAUACAAGAAUAGAUAUGGCAAAAGGCAUGGUUGAUAACUUUGUUUAUGAAAUCACUCAUUACGGGAAAAUCUUGAAUGCCAAUAGAAGUUAUUACCUAACUCGUUCUCAACCUCCUUUCCUUACCGAUAUGGCCAUGAAAGUUUAUGAAAGAUUAACUGAGGAUGAUCAAUCAAAGAAAGAUUGGCUUAAAACUGCUAUUCGUGCUGCUAUAAAAGAAUAUCAUACAGUUUGGAUGAGUGAACCACGUUAUGAUCCUGGUACUGGACUUUCUAGAUUUCAUCCUACCGGCCUUGGCAUACCACCAGAAACUGAAGCAAGUCAUUUUGAUCAUGUAAUUCUGCCAUAUGCUAAACGUCUUGGUUUAACAAUUAAAGAAUAUGCUGCAAAAUAUCAAGCCCUUGAAAUUCAAGAACCUGAAUUGGACUCUUAUUUUUUACAUGACCGAGCAGUUCGUGAAUCUGGUCAUGAUACAACAUAUCGUUUUGAUAAACGAUGUGCUAACCUUGUUACUAUUGAUCUUAAUAGUUUAUUAUAUAAAUACGAGGUAGAUAUUGGUGAAAUAAUUCUUAGAAUUUAUAAUAAUCAGUUUGACCUAGAAGAUGGAACCAUUGAAACUAGUGAACCUUGGUUUGAAAGGGCAUUAGUUCGUAAAGAAAGAAUUAAUAAAUAUCUUUGGAAUGAAGAGAAUUCCCUAUAUUAUGAUUAUGAUAUUUCGCAGCAAAAGCAAUCAAUAUAUGAAUCUGUCACAGCUUUUUGGGCACUUUGGGCUGGUUGUGCUAGUCCAGAGCAGGCAGAAAAAUUAGUCAAAGUAUCUCUUCCUAAAUUUGAGGUUCUUGGUGGUCUUGUUAGUGGUACGGAAGAAUCUCGUGGCCCAAUUACACUAGAUCGACCAAACCGACAAUGGGAUUAUCCUUUCGGGUGGGCACCACAUCAAAUAAUGACAUGGCGUGGUUUAGAAAAUUAUGGUUAUAUGACAGAUGCUCGACGAUUGGCGUAUCGUUGGCUGUUUACCAUCACAAAAUCAUUCGUAGAUUUUAACGGUGUUGUUCCAGAGAAAUAUGAUGUUGUUACAUUAAGUCACCUUCUUAAAGUGGAAUACGGAAAUGUAGGUGUGGACUUCAAAUUUGUACCACGAGAAGGUUUUGGUUGGAUGAAUGCUUCAUAUCAAGUCGGUUUAUCCUACUUAACAAGUCAUAUGAGAAGAGCUUUAGGUGCAUGCACGAGACCUGAAGUUUUCUUUAAGCAUAAAGUUACAAAAGAUGCCGCAGUACCUUUAGAAAAUACUUCGGUAUCGGAUCAUCAACGACUAAAAGCUCUUGUUCUUGAAAUUGAUCAAAAUUUAGCAUCAUCAUCAUCGGUUUCUGAUUCAAACACCGUUGAUGCAACAGUCAUUAAAGAUGAUACACUGCCAGUAAAA